UUGACAACAAGUGCGUGCGGCUCCAUUCAAUCGCCUCACACCCAUGGAAUAAAGGACGACGAUGGAGUUCUGCUGGGGGCGAGUCUUCUUCACUGUGAUAGUCAUUACUGACAGAAUCCGGCCCUCGCAGUCCUUCAACGUCGGCACCGCAGGCGCCAAGAUUUUCAGCGGGCCGGCUGCGGAGGAGUUUGGCUACGCGGUCCAACAAGCGACAAACCACGAAGGCAAAUGGCUCCUGGUCAGCGCCCCGUGGAGUGGUUUCAACCCAAACAGGAAGGGGGAUGUUUACAAGUGUCAAGUCUCGGGCUCCAGAAACAGCUGUGACAAGCUCAAUCUUCAAGAUUCUGUGAGUAUGCCUGAUGUUAAAAACGUCAACGACCAGAUGUGCCUGGGUUUGACUCUUACCCGGAUGCCUGAUGUCAAUGGUUUGAUGAUGUGCGGACCUCUUUGGGGACAAAGCUGUGGUGAUCAGAUCUUCUACCCAGGAAUAUGUACAAAAAUGAGCCCCCUCUUUCAACCGCAACCUGCCUUCUCUCCUGCCAUCCAGUCAUGCGGAGGGCCGAUGGACAUCGUGAUUGUUCUGGACGGCUCCAACAGCAUUUUCCCUUGGCCUCCAAUGAUCAAUUUCCUCCAGAAAUUGAUACCUGGACUCGACAUCGGGCCCAAAAGCACACAGGUCAGCGUCAUUCAGUAUGCCGUUGAUUUCAAGUUUGAACUCCGACUCAACCAGUAUAAAACCAAAGAUGAGGUAAUGGCUGCGGCAUCCAAAAUCACACAAAUGACCGGUGGUUUGACCAACACCUUCAAUGCCAUCCGAUUUGCCAGUCAUUGGGGUUUCCACGAAAGUAACGGCGGUCGACCAGGCGCCGCCAAGGUGAUGGUGGUCGUCACCGAUGGAGAGUCUCACGACAAGGACUCCAGAGAAGAUGUCAUUGCCGACUGCGAGAAGCAAGGCAUCACCCGCUUCGGUAUCGCUGUCCUGGGUUAUUACUCCAGACAAAACAUCAACACAGACAACCUGAUAGCAGAAAUCAAGUCCAUCGCCAGCGUACCCAAAGAGAAGUACUUCUUCAACGUGUCGGAGGAGGCGGCCCUCUCCACCAUCGCUGGAACAUUGGGGAGCCGCAUCUUCAACAUAGAAGGCACUGGGAAAGGGGGUGACAACUUCGAGAUGGAGAUGUCCCAGGUCGGAUUCAGUGCUCACUACUCCAGCAAACAGGAUGUGAUGAUGCUGGGAGCAGUGGGGGCCUACGCCUGGAGCGGGACUGUCGUCCAUCAAAAGGGGUCCAAAGCAGACAUUCUCCCCUUCUCAGCCUUUGCGGGAACACUUCAAGACAGAAACCACAGCUCAUUACUGGGUUAUUCUGUCACCACGCUGAGCGACAGACUUACAGAAUACUUUGUGGCUGGCGCACCUCGCUCCAACCACUCCGGACAAGUUAUCGUCUACACCAUCAACGCCCAGAAGCAGACUACUAUCAUCGACUCAGAGCGAGGAAAACAGAUUGGGUCGUACUUUGGAAGCGUCCUGUGCCCCCUGGACGUGGACAGAGACGGGGUGACGGACCUCCUGCUGGUCGGUGCGCCCAUGUUCAUGAGCGAUCUGAAGAGAGAGGAAGGCAGGGUCUACCUCUUCUCUGUCACCAAGGGUAUACUGAACGAGCAAGGAUUCCUCAGUGGUCCGCCCCCGACUGAGAACGCACGCUUUGGGAUGGCCAUCUCUGCCGUUCCUGACCUGGACCUCGACGGUUACAACGACGUUGUGGUUGGAGCUCCUUUAGAGGACAAAGGGAAAGGUGUCGUCUACAUCUACAACGGGGAGAAGAAGGCAAUAAACAAACAGUUCUCACAGAGAAUCUUUGGCUCCAAACUGGAUCCUCAGUUGCAGUAUUUUGGAAGGUCCCUAGAUAGCGACAAAGACCUGAAUGAUGAUACUAUCCCUGACAUCUCCAUUGGCGCAUAUGGCAAAGUGGUGCAGCUCUGGUCCAGAGGUGUGGCGUCCGUCUCGGCUAAAGCUUCUUUCAACCCCGAUAAAAUCAACAUUUUCAACAAACCCUGUGACAUUAAUGGACGCAAGCUUACGUGUUUCAACACCAACCUCUGUUUCACUGCUGCCUUCAGGCCUAAGAAACCAGUUGGACCCAUUGAUAUAUCCUACACUUUGACCCUGGACGCUGACCUGCAGGCUUCACGAGUGACGUCAAGAGGACUGUUCACUAAAAACAAUGAGCGCUUACUCACAGAAAAAGCUAAAAUAUCUUCUGCGCCCCUGUGUCUGGACUACCAGGUUUAUGUUCAGGAGGCGCCAGACUUUGUCAAUUCCCUCAGUCUGAAAAUAGAGAUCGAGCAGCAGAAUGCAGAUGUGAACCCGGUCCUCGAUAUGUCGUCUCCAAGUGCCUUUGAGUUCUUUGUCCCAUUCACAAAAGACUGCGGCUCUGAUGACGUGUGUGUCAGUGAUCUGGUGCUGAGUGUGAAGACAGACACAAAAGCUUCCAGCUCAGCUCCCGUCCUGGUCAGCGCCAAUAACCGGGAGCUGUCGUUUGAAGUCGUCGUGAAGAACAAAAAGGAGAACGCGUACAACACUCAGGUCUUGGCGACCUACUCCAGCAACCUCUUCUACUCCUCCAUCUUUCCUCCUACGGACGGAGUCAAAUGCACCUCAACACAAACACAAACCGUCACCUGCCAAGUGGGAUACCCAGCAUUAAAGACAGACCAGGAAGUGACAUUUCAGAUGAAUUUCGAUUACAAUCUUGACCAGCUGCAAAACCAAGCCGAGGUGAAAUUUGAGGCCAAGAGCGAUGGUAAAGAGGAAAGACCUGCAGACAACACGGUGGACAUAUCCAUUCCUGUGCGCUAUGAUGCAGGGAUUGUUUUGUCCAGGCAGUCAAAUAUCAAUUUCUAUGUGGCAGAUGCCGCUGUUCCCGUGGUAACAACGGUGAAGAGUCUCGAUGACAUCGGCCCAGAGUUUAACUUCACAGUGAAGGUUUCAACAAGUAACUUCCCUGUCAGCCUCCUGUAUCUGACCAUUGCUCUGCCAGUGACCACUAAAGGAGGAAAUCAGCUCCUCUAUGUCACCAGUGUGGACACGCAGAGAGGAGGUGCUGUCAGCUGUGACUCCGGCAGCCUGGUGGAUCCUCUGAAGAUCGGAGUGAAGAGCCACAAAGUGUCCUUCUCCGAGGAGAGUCUCAGAGGGACGGAGAAACUGGACUGCAAGAGUGCAAAGUGCGAGUACAUCAAAUGCAUCCUCAAGGACACGGAAAUUAAAAGCGACUACUUUGUGAAAGUCAAAACAAGGAUCUGGAGUGGCACCUUUAUUUCGGCCACCUAUCAGACCGUCGAGCUGACCUCCGAGGUCGACGUCGAGACCUCGAACCCCGAUCUGCUCGUCAUCGGCCUCAAACGGCUACCGGUGGUGGUGGUGAUCAGUAAACCUGGAGAGAAAGGCGACGUUCCAGUGGGAGUGAUAGUCGGCAGCGUCAUCGGCGGACUGCUGCUGUUGGCUCUGGCCGUUGGGCUGCUGUGGAAGUUUGGGUUUUUCAAAAGAAAGUACCAGCAGCUUCAGAUGGAGGCCGAUGAAGAUGAGCAGAGCCACCCGCAUGUAGACGAGGUGCUGUGAGCUGAGGAGACCCCCUCCCCCCCCGCAGCCUUCUCUCCUCACUGGAUCGUAUCCAUCGCGGAACACUGUCAACACUGUCACAGGAUGUCGUAAAGUGCAAUCGGACUGCAGGUCAAACACUGGAAGUCGGGCAUUUUUUUUAAUGAAAUGGAGGCUGUUCAGUUUGUGAAUAACUGGGAUUUGAUCCUCUGUCUAUUUUUUUUUUUUUUUUUUUUUUUUUUUUUUACAGAGGAUUGAUAUAAUUAGUGCUUUUUUUUUAGCUUUGUGGACUGUACAUUGACUAGUUGCUGUUAUGCACUGAUUUUGUAAGAAUUGUAUUUUUCCAAUCGUGAAAGAACAAUUAUUUUUUAGAUGAAGUUGAUUUGGAGUUUUACACUGUAAAGGCAUCUCAUUUAUCCACAGCCUUUUGCUGUGACAACUUCAGGGCAACAUGGUGGAGAAAUAACAAUUUUUAAUAAGGAAAAUGAAAACAUUUGAUCAGAAUUUGAAUCACACAUGCUGUCAAAUCCGCAGCACAACCUGCUUUGAGAUGCCCUGUGUCCUCUGGCAUUCAGGGCUUUUCUUGCCGAAACAAUAGCUAUCGUGUGAGGAGUGAAAUCUGUCGCUGUGUUUGUAUUGUACAUACUGUAAGAUAAAAUGAUAAUCAUUUAUAUUGGGUUUUACAUUAUGGAAAGAUUAGAGGCAAUAUGGGUCAAUGGAGUAGUUACUUGUUGUUGUUGUUGUUGUUGUUGUUGUUGUUGUUGUUGUUGUUGUUAUAGAGUUAUAAGAAUGUUAUAAGAAUAUUGUGUUUUCAUUAUCUGUGAAAUAUUUUCUCCAUUAAUGGUCUCUUUAAUUAAUGAAUUAAUUAUUUUUUACUUUCCUGGUUCCAAGGUGGUGUUUUCAAAUUGGUUGUUUUGUGUAACUUACAUUCCAGAAACACACAUUGCUGUCAUGUAAGACCAAAAAAAUCUGUUUGAAACAGCAAAUUGAAACAGUUGGUUUUUUGUUUGUUUUUUGUAACUGAAAGCGAUUAUCAAAAUAUUCUUAGAUACAAUUUUUCCUGUUAAUAAGCUGAUUGAUAACUUGACUAGUUGAUCCAGCUUUAAUAUUGUUUAUGUGGAGGGCAAAGAGACACAAACGCCCCUCUGUUCCUGAGUCCUGUGUCUGAGAUGAUGCCUGUUCCCAUUCACUCUUGAAUUAAACCCAUUCUGUGCCA